GAGGAGGAGGAGGUGAGGACGACCCCAGCAGAAGAUAAGAGAAGUGGCUUAUUGGCUCGCUGCUGCCUGUAACCCAUAUUUUAUCACAAACAAGAGGGCCUGUCGUCUGUGUUACAGGCCGAAAAAACGCACGGAGCGGACGGUAGCAUGGUAAUCGCGGCGAGGGCCCGGAUCUGCGUUUCACUGCGCCUCCGCCGAGUCCACUGAGUCCCGGUCACCGGAGUCCGACAUGGGGAAGGAAGUGAACGGCGUGUCGCGGAGCCGGUUUGAGAUGUUCACCAACAGCGACGAGGCCGUCAUCAACAAGAAGCUGCCUAAAGAGCUGCUGCUACGAAUCUUCUCCUUCCUGGACGUGGUGACGCUCUGCCGCUGUGCCCAGGUCUCCCGGUCCUGGAAUGUUCUGGCCCUGGACGGCAGCAACUGGCAGCGAAUCGACCUCUUUGACUUCCAGAGGGACAUCGAGGGUCGGGUGGUGGAGAACAUUUCAAAGCGAUGCGGGGGGUUCCUGAGGAAGCUGAGCCUGCGGGGCUGCCUGGGCGUGGGGGACAGCGCCCUGAGGACUUUCUCGCAGAACUGCAGGAACAUCGAGCUGCUCAGCCUGAACGGCUGCACCAAGAUUACCGACAGCACGUGUAACAGCCUCAGCAAGUUCUGCCCGAAGCUGAAGCACCUGGACCUGGCCUCCUGCACCUCCAUCACCAACCUGUCUCUCAAAGCCCUCAGUGAGGGCUGUCCCUUGCUGGAGCAGCUGAACAUCUCCUGGUGUGAUCAGGUCACGAAGGACGGCGUCCAGGCCCUGGUGCGCUGCUGUCCGGGCCUCAAGGGACUUUUUCUCAAGGGCUGCACGCAGCUAGAAGACGAGGCUCUGAAGCAUAUUGGAGCUCACUGUCCAGAGCUGGUCACACUCAACCUGCAGACGUGCUCACAGAUCACGGACGAGGGCCUCAUCACGAUCUGCCGGGGCUGCCACCGCCUGCAGUCGCUGUGUGUGUCGGGCUGCGCCAACAUCACGGACGCCAUCCUGCACGCCCUGGGACAGAACUGCCCCCGCCUCAGAAUAUUAGAAGUGGCUCGCUGCUCUCAGCUGACAGACGUGGGCUUCACUACAUUAGCCAGAAACUGUCACGAGCUUGAAAAGAUGGAUUUAGAAGAAUGUGUGCAGAUCACUGACGGCACGCUCAUCCAGCUGUCGAUCCACUGCCCUCGUCUGCAAGUCCUGAGUCUGUCCCACUGUGAGCUGAUCACCGACGACGGGAUCCGGCACCUGGGCAGCGGACCCUGCGCCCACGACCGCCUGGAGGUGAUCGAGCUGGACAACUGCCCCCUGAUCACAGACGCCUCGCUGGAGCACCUGAAGAGCUGCCACAGUCUGGACCGCAUCGAGCUCUACGACUGCCAGCAGAUCACCCGCGCCGGCAUCAAGAGACUCAGGACCCAUCUGCCUAACAUCAAAGUGCACGCGUACUUCGCCCCCGUCACUCCUCCGCCCUCGGUCGGGGGCAGCCGCCAGAGGUUCUGCCGCUGCUGCGUCCUGCUAUGAUGCAAAGACAACGCCCCCCUCCCCCCCUCUGUCCCCGUGUCCCCCUGUACACACACCCCAGCAAGCCUGCUGCUUGACCUCCCGACCUACUGUCCCUCCCCCCGCCACGGACUCCAUGCUGGUGUGUGAAACCCCCCCCCCCCCCCACGGAGCUGCAGAGAGAGGGAGACAGCCAAACAACGCUACAGGGUCUUGGGUAACUUUCCCCAAAAAAACAUUCUCAAUUCACCCAAUCUCACACACACACACACACACACACGCACACACACACACGCACACACACACAUCAGGUUUCAGCAUAAGCUGAUGUGCAGCGCACACACACACACACACACACACAGAUUAACGCUCAUAAGAAUGUCAGCACAUUCCUGGUCCUGUGUUCACUGGACACGUCAGUAUUACAGAGAGGGUUAUGUAAAAACGGGAUUUGCCGGCGAGCGGUUCAGACGCCGGCGCAGCCCCUCGCAGUAAAAGCAACUGUCCUGCAUUCGAGACAGAUUACACAGACUUUUUUUUUUUAUUAUUAUUAUUUUAGAGAAGCGGAAUAUCAAAGCGACCGGGUAAUCCCCCCCCACCACCCCCACCCCAAACCCGACGAGCCCCUCGGUGUUGAAGGUCACCUCACAGCUACCUCCAGACAGAAACUGCACUCGAGUACAGACCAGUGUUCGCUUGGCUCCGCAGGCUGUUUGCUCAGAAAUGGGAAAAGUAGAAGAAAAAAAAGAAGGGGCAGCAUUGUAGCCGGUUAACUGCCAACACCACACACACACACACACACACACACACUCACACACAGAAAGCAGCAGAAAGCCUUUUAUUUGUUUCUUUCCUCUCUAUUUUUUUCUAAGACUUGCAGCUAUUUGCACUUACAGUAAAGCAAUGAUGAGACACUUUACAACAGCAACAAAAAAAAAACACCAUCUCGGAUUUGAAGACUGGCAUUUUUACUAACGACACAGGAGCAUCCUCACGCACUGCGCUCGCCGCCGCCGCCGCCCUCCUCGCCUCUCUCUGUCCCUCCGUUACAAUCAGACGCUUCAACUCACCGAACAGACAAACCUGGAAUAUUUUUCUAAGAAAAGGAGAAGAAAAAAAAAACCAAACAAAAGAAAAAAAGAGGACACCCAUUAAAGAUCCAGACGUGGGGACUUGAAAAGAUGCCAAAUGUUGCAUGUAACAGCUCUAGUUUUCUAAAAGUCUCCUUGUAAAUAAGUGAGGGCUGUGGGAGCGAGAGGAGACCCGGCGGAGGCGGCCCUGGAGGGCCCGACGCCGGCUCCCCAAACCCUCAACAGCAGGAAAUCAAGAAAAAACAAACAGAAACAAACCUUUUUUUUCUGACAGAAGAAGAAAACUGGAUUCAGGCGUCGCCACACGGACCCCUGCCGUCAGACCAGGACGAUGGAAAGAAAAGCCAACUGAAAACAAUCAGAUGCGUCUAUUUUCACUUCAGUUUGAUUCCCUUUGAGCUGCUCUCCUGCUUUUUUUUUUUUUUCUUUUUGAAACAUUGCUGGUGCUUCCAGCGAUGAGGACUUGGCGAACGCGCCGCGGUGGAAUGGCACGCCGGGAGUGGACGCUCCUGAACUCCCAUGAGGCCUUGCAGGGGGACGGAGUGGCUCCCGGGACCUCCUGACUGGAUCCGCCAGCGCACAACUGACAGAUACGAUGGAUGUGGUGACUCUAGCCGAGGCGCAUCGAAGCCUUUUCCUUCCGGAUCGUCCUGUCCUGCACUCACACCUGCUUUACUCUCGUCUCUCUUCUUCCCAUUUAAUUUUAUGAACGUGUCUUUUUAAGCCUCUUCCUUUCUCCUCCGGACCUCUUUGCAGUUCUUUUCUUUUUCUUUUUUUUUUGCUGUGGUUUUGGACUCUGCCUGCUUUGUGUUUGAAGUCUUGAGUUCAGUGUCUCCAUGUUUGAGUCCUCUUCACUCUCCACUCGUCUGUUUUUCUUUCAGAGUUUAUUGUUACUAAAUGUCCAGAGUGGAGCCUUUUGUGCGAGGGAAGUGUCGACGCCGGUGCAAUUGUAAUAAACGUUAAAUGUGAGUUUUUCUUUUUUAAAUGUGAGUUGAAGGUGGCGUGUGGUGGAGGAUCUACUUACUGAAUGUUUUCAUCGGGGGGGAGAGAAGGCUCCUCGGGCAUUGCGUGCCGCUUUGGCAGAAAGGUUUUUCUCUUCCUUUUCCUAAAUUUUCUCGCCCGGCUUCCUUCAGACGGCCUCUGCGCUCUGUCCUGGCUGAAGACGAUGGACUAUCGAUCACCCUCCUCUGUCGGACGCUGUCGUGUGAUUUGACGGCUCGGAUAAUGCCGGCGGAGGUGAAUCCGGCCUAAUCCAGCCUGAUCUGUUUUGUUUGAACGGGGCUUUGCGCAGGAUUAGGGGAAGAGCCAAGAGUCGAAAUGGAGCGGAGAUGUAAUGUGCUCUUGUCUCUUGUCUGCGGGGUUAAGAGGCCCGGGAUGUGACACCUGCUGGUCCCCGUCAUGCAGCAUGUGGCAGGAGCUGAGUCACCGUGCAGCUGCAGACGCUCUGACAAGGCAGCCUGGGCUUGGAGGAUUUUCAUAUUUGCAAAAGGAGGAGAGAGAAAAAAAAAAGAAAAAAAAACAACAAAAAGCCCAUCCUGAGUUGUUUCAUGGUACAAAACACUACAUUCUCUUCACAGCUGCACGGCGGACG